AUGGCGGCUCAACACGACUUACCGAACGGCAGCCUAAAUGGCGUCAGUUCCAAAUCUUUCGGCUUUAUCGGGCUCGGGAUUAUGGGAUGGGGCAUGGCUAAGAAUCUGAGGGCCAAGAUUCCCGCCGAGUCUGUGCUCAACGUUUGCGAGAUCAACAAAGCUCGACUGGAUGAGUUUGUAUCCUCAACAUCCGGCAAGAUUCAAGUUUGUAACAGUCCGCUCGAGGUGGCUCAAAGCAGUGAUGUGAUUAUUACCAUGCUGCCUCGCGGAGAGCACGUUCUUCAAGUCUUUACAAACCCAAAGAAUGGUCUUCUCUCAACGGCUUCUGGGACUAAGACCUUCAUCGACUGCUCUACCAUUGAAGUGAAGACGUCAAAGGAAGUGGCCGCCGCGGUAGAAAAGUCCGGCCGUGGAGUGUUUGCCGACGCUCCUGUCUCGGGAGGACAAGGCGGCGCCAACGGAGGCACCCUAACCUUCAUGGUAGGUAGCACACCAGAAGUCUUUGACACAAUCAAGCCCAUUCUAGAGAAGAUGGGCAAACCGGAAAACAUCUUUCACUGUGGUGGCUCCGGUGCUGGACUGGCUACGAAGCUCAUCAACAACUACCUCUCCGCCAUCAACAUGAUUGGAGUCUGCGAAGGCAUGAACAUGGGCCGACUGUACGGCCUGGACCCUGCUCUUCUUGCUGGAGUUAUAAACAGCUCUACGGGAAUGUCGCGGAACAGUCGGGAACAGAACCCAGUGAAGGGUGUCUCAUCUGUAGCGUCUUCGGCCACCGACUUUGAGGGCGGUUUCUCUACUGAGCUCUGCCACGGCGUUCUACAGAUGUCGAUGGAGCUCGGUGAGCAACUUGGUGCUAAGAGCAUGUUGGCACCAGUGGUUAAGAACAUGUACGAUUGUGCUGUUCAAAGCGACAAGUGCCGUGGAAAGGACUUUAGGAGUAUUUACCGGCUGUUUUCCGAGGAUGAAGGACAGGAGUUGCCAGUGCUGAGUCCGAACAAGCUCAAUGGGAAGAAGGAGUAA